UGGGGAUAAGAAAAAUAUCGUAAAUCGUCAAUUACUUUGAAUUUCGAUUUUAAAUUUGAUCCAGCCAUCAACGAAUAAACAGUAUUCUUGCUUGUUCAUUAAAAUUAGAAGAAAAAUUUUUAUUAUCAAAAAUGUUGAAAAAAAUGUUGAUAUUGACGAUCUGCUUACUAGCAGUAAAAACCGUGUUGACUCUACCGAUGGCAAUUGAAUCAAAUACUACAACAAUGCUUCCACCAACAACCAUCAUCACCAUCAAUACCAAUGAUAGUGACACUAUUACAACAACAGAAGAAAUGCCCAUUGAAAAAGCAACCGAAAAUAUUAUUAAAAAUGAAAUGACAAAACCAACAGUAAUUAUGGAUCAUCAUGAAAUUGAUGCUAAAUUUGCAUUAAAUUCAACUAAAAAUAAGACAGAAAAAAUUAUCGUUAAACGAUCAAUUAUCACCAUAUUUGAUGUGAAUGAUGUUGAUGAUGAAAAUCUUACUCAACCCGAAUUAAAAAAAAUUGCUGAAGAAAGUAAAACUAAUUAUGAUGAUGAGGAUGAUGAAGAAGAAGAAGAGACAAUUGCUGCAGAUGUUGAAGAAGUUUACGUUGGCGAUGCCGUUAUAAUUAAAGCUGAAGAUAUUGCGAAAGCUAUGAUUGCAAGUGAAGUGAAAGUUAAAACUGAAGAUAUCGAGGAAAUUAUAACUGAAGCUAUUAAGGAAGUUACAACUGAAGCUAUUGAGGAAGCUAUAACUGAAGCUAUUGAGGAAGCUACAACUGAAGCUAUUGAGGAAGCUAUAACUGAAGAUAUUGAGGAAGCUACAACUGAAGAUAUCGAGGAAGUCACAACUGAAGAUAUCGAGGAAGUUACAACUAAAAGUUACUGAGAAGAAUUAACGAUUUUUUGAAAAUAGAAAUU